UGCUUUCUCCCGCAGUAUCUGGUCAUGGAUUAUUAUUGCGGAGGAGAUUUAUUGACGUUACUGAGCAAAUUCGAGGAUCGUCUGCCCGAGGACAUGGCUCGAUUCUACAUAGCCGAGAUGGUGCUAGCUAUAGGUUCCAUACAUGACUUGCGCUAUGUACAUCGUGACAUUAAGCCCGAUAAUGUUUUACUGGACGCGAAUGGUCAUAUCAGAUCGCUUCAUCGAUUCUAUUCCUUGUAUUUCUGCAGAGCGCGCUCCGCAACAUCUUUGUUAACAAAUUGAAGCCUCCCCAGUACUGCGGCC